AGCUGAGCUAGGAUUUCCCAAGGCUAAAGCUGCAUUUCUGCUUCUCCUGCAUGAGCACGUCACGGUGUCGCAAUUGAGCACCACUCUGUGUUGAAAAGCCCAUUGAUCUGAACGCAGAGAGCAGGGAUCUGUGUUGGCAUCUGCAGGAGAGUCUCUGCUUGUUUGUUGUAAUAGCGCAUUGUUCGUGGCGAGCCCUCCAAUCCCUGUCGUCUGCGACAGUCGCGGCUGGUCUUGACACACGCAAUGGCGGAAGAUGGCCCUGCUAGCCAAUCUCCUGUUACAGACGAUGUGGCCGCAUUGCAGAUCACGGAUGAAGAGGCGCUCGAGGGAGUUUACACGGAGCAGCAACACAAGUACUCUCAGCGCACUCUGAUCAAGACAAUACUCUCAUCUGGAACUACUCUGGCUGAGAAGAAGCUGGUGGUAGGAGGCUGGGUUAAGACCGGUCGUGUAGCUGGGGCAGGUGCUUUUGGCUUCCUUGAACUGAACGACGGGUCGUGUGCCUCAAGCCUGCAAGUCAUCAUAGAUAAGGCCGUCUACCCCCUUGCGAAGCUGACCGCCACUGGCACGAGCGUCACUGUUGUCGGGACCCUCUCAAAGACCCCCGAAGGAACGAAACAGGUUGUGGAGCUGCGAGCAACAAAGAUCCUGCAUCUAGGUGCUUCGGAGCCCGCCACAUACCCAAUAGCAAAGACCAAGCUGUCACUGGAGUAUCUGAGAAGCGUGCAACACCUGAGGGCGCGCACCAACACCAUAUCCGCAGUUGCCCGCAUCCGCAGCUCGCUCGCAUUCGCCACUCACAAGUUUUUCAACGAGCACGGCUUCAUGUACAUCCACACACCGCUCAUCACGACCAGCGACGCCGAGGGCGCCGGCGAGCUGUUCCAAGUGACCACUCUCCUGAGCAAAGUCUCCGAGCCACAAGAACCGCCACCGACGGAAGAGGAGAUUGCGGCGGCCGAAGCGGCGGUUACUGAGAAAGGGGAUCAGGUGCGGGUGCUGAAGGAAAAGAAAGAGAAGAGCAAGGUCAAGAGGGCGGUUGCCGAACUGACCGAGUUGAAGGAGAAGGUGGAGGAGCUGAAGAAGCGGGCGCGCGUUGUCGGGGGCUUGCUGCGGAAAGAGGACGGGGCGGUGGAUUACGGGGAGGACUUCUUUGGACGGCAGGCGUUCCUCACGGUCUCGGGGCAGCUGCAGGUGGAGACGUAUGCUAUGGCGCUGAGCAACGUGUACACGUUUGGGCCGACGUUCCGUGCGGAGAACUCGAACACGACGCGACACUUGGCGGAGUUCUGGAUGAUCGAGCCCGAGAUUGCGUUUGCGGACCUCAAGGACGACAUGCAGCUGGCGGAGGACUACGUGCGGUACUUGUGCCAGUAUCUGUUGGAUCACUGCGGCGAGGAUUUGGAGCUGAUGCGCAAGCUGUACGACAAGACGUGCAUCGACCGGCUGACGGCGGUGGCCAGUACGCCCUUCGGGAGGGUCAGCUACACGGAAGCCAUCGAAAUCCUGCUCAAAGUCAAGAAGGAGGACAAGGAGUUCGAGAACAAGGUGGAGUGGGGCAUCGACCUGGCGUCCGAGCACGAGCGGUACCUGGCGGAGGUCCACUUCCAGAAACCGGUCGUGGUUUACAACUACCCGAAAGACAUCAAGGCGUUCUACAUGCGCCUCAACGACGACGGCAAGACGGUCGCCGCGAUGGACGUCCUGGUGCCCGGGGUCGGGGAGCUGGUCGGGGGGAGCCAGCGCGAGGAGCGACUGGAGGUGCUGGAACAAAGAUUACAAGAAAUGGGCCUUCCUCGGGAGCCGUACGAAUGGUACCUGGAGACGCGAAAGUACGGGACGGUCAAGCACGCGGGAUUCGGCCUGGGCUUCGAACGGAUGAUUCUCUUUGCUACGGGUAUGGAGAACAUCCGUGACGUCAUCCCGUUCCCCCGGUAUCCAGGGCGGGCAGAUCUGUAGGACCUUCACCGCAUCGAAACAAAGGCACUAGCGUGGAUGCGUUGCAGAUUGGAGUGUUUGCCAUUUCUGCUUGCACAUAGGGUGCACAACGGACGAUCGAAGUGAGAGAUUCAGAGGGGCUGUGCACCUUUUAACGAGGGACCGUUGCAGAAUGCCGUCCUAGUUAUCAUCUGAUCGAAUCAAGUAACUGUCUUGACACUCCAGGCAAUGUGUCAACGGCUUUUCUGGCGCAUCCAGGCUCUUCUUGUGCAAGCAUGUUUUAAAAAGCCGUGAAGCUGGUGCCAAUACCAUAACGUUUAUAAGCUUUCAAAUGAAACACGGAGG